GCAACAAACGGGAACGAGUGGCCAGGAACGCUGCACCUCAUUCCAAGUGCGUGGAUCGGUGCUCAGGUUGGUGAUCUCUGGACUGUCCAAUAUUCAGAGACGGUCAGUGUCCAGACUCCCGAAGAUGGCGAUUCUUUCAAUGGACAUGAGAGGAAGGUGGUUCUGGCAGAUGAUGGCUUUGGUGAAUGUGAUAUGCUCUCAACAACUCUGCCCCGAAUCCUGUCUCCAAUGUGACAAGUACUUGACAUGCCUGAGAUGCGUUGAUGGGUAUUACGGACAGCGGUGCAACUUGGCGUGUGACCCAGCAUGUAGAAACGGAAGAUGCAGUAUCGACGGGUCAUGUGAUGAUAACAUUGAAAAUGCUGAUCGGAAGAUGGGGCGUGUAAGAAGACAGACUCGAGCGAACUGCCACGACACAGCAUGCACGUGUUGUGUGUCCAACUACAGGGGCACAAACUGCCAGGUGCCCUGUCCCAACUGUAGAACAAGGUACGUGUCAGGAGUGUGCAACAACUACUGCGAGACUGGUUUCCAUGGUGAUACCUGUGAAAAUAUCUGUCCACAAAACUGUGCCCUGGGUAACGCAGGCAAACCUUUAUGUAAACAAGCCACGGGUGAAUGUUCCAACAAUUGUAAGAUUGGGUUUUUUGGGACAAUGUGCAACAAACCUUGUCCAUCUGGUUGUAAAAAUGACUUUUGCUUACCAGAAAGAGGCUCUUGUGAUGAAUGCAAUGAUAAACGCUAUGGUGAAAAAUGUGAAAAGGACUGUCAUACUUGUAAGGACAGUUGUUACAAAAAUGGGACCUGCGUGGGAGGAUGUAAAGAUGGUUACUACGGUAAACUGUGUAAUCUCAGAUGUGGAACACCUGAUUGUUCUAAAGGCAGCAUGUGUCAGCUGUAUAAAGUAGACCAACCUAACAUAUGCUUUACACCGUGUCGGUACGUCCCAGAAUCACAAAACGUCACCGAAGACUGUGUGGCUGUUCAACAGCCAGUCCAACAUAGUUCAAAUGCAGGAACGAUUGCUGGAAUUGGGGUUGGAAUUGGCAUCCCCGUCAUCGCCGGCAUCGUCGGCAUCGCCGUUCUGAUAUGUUUUCUGAGAAGAAGAAAUCUCUGCUGUUGGAGAGGUUCUAAUGUUGCCCAAAACGGGGACUCUCUUGCCAGUACCGAAAACAGUUGCAUUGUCAGAAUAGCACCAGAUGUAACUGGCACUGUCGGCAAAGCACCAGAUGAAACGACGUCUGAAGACAAAACGGUGGGAAACAAGAGUGACGACCAAGAUGUGCCUCUCCUUUCUGAAGGAGGUUCUAAUGUUGCAAAAGAGGACGACUCUACUGUCACUAGAGAAAAGAGUGGCACUGUCGGCAAAGCACCAGAUGAAACGACGUCUGAAGACAAAACGACGGGAAACAACAGUGACGACCAAGAGGAGCCUCUCCUUUCUGAAGGAGGUUCUAAUGUUGCAAAAGAGGACGACUCUACUGUCACUAGAGAAAAGAGUGGCACUGUCCCCACUUCACCAGGUGAAACGACGAUGGGAAGCAACAGUGAGGGCCCCAAGAAGCCUCCCCGUCUUAAAAAGACGUCUGAAAACAAAACGAUGGGAGGCAACACUGACGGUCCAAAGCAGAAUCUUGCAAGCAGCGGUGACGAAAAGGAUAACGACCAAGAACCAGACGGGAUACGUGAAGGAUUUGUUAGUGAAAUGAAGAUGAAAUUUGAGGAAAACAAAUAGAAGAUCCACCGGGACAAAACAACCGUUUGAUGUUGACGCAGAAAAUACUGAAAUAGUGAAACGGAUGACCUGCUGCUGCUAUUUCAAAUGCAGCAGAACAGCAAAUGAUAAUGCGUCUAAUGCGACGGUUUAAAAUAGACGGUAACCAUGGACCAAGACUCACCCGGAAACUUUAGUUGUAACAAUUGUUGAUUAAGUUUCAUCCUUUGAUGUAUUGAUUUCUUUCAUAGAUCGCAUGAUGCUUCACAUUAGUUUAUGAUUUAGUUUAAGUCGCUUAGAAAAAUAAGAAGACUGUGCUGGCGAUACGUAUCGUUUUGACUGAUAGUGAACGUUCUGAACGUUUUUUCAUAGUGAACGGUAUGGGGUCAGCGGAUAUCGAAAUACCCAGGGUACUCUAUUAUAACUUAGUGAGGAAACAUUUUUUAUUGAUCGUCUCUGCACAUUGUCUGAAGAUAACGUGAUCCUUAGCUGAAGUAAGUGGGUGACUUUAGUUUUGCGCCGCUUUUAGCAAUAUUCCAGCAGUAUCACGGCGGGAUCCAUCGAAUCCGGGUCUUCGGCGUGACGAGCGAACGCUUUAAUCACCAGGUUAACCCACCACCCUCUUAGAUGGAGUGGGUCAUACAAAACAUUAUAUUAUGUUCUCUUUUAUAUGUACAGUGAGAAAGCUUCCAAAGUAUGUUUGUGUUUAUAUACUGCGUGACAUAGUGUCUGGAUGAUAUGUAAUUCAUCUCAUGACGUAGUUUGACAUAUUCCGUCAUAUCAUCUGUUUUUUGCAAAUAAAAUUCAAUGUUGUGGGUU